AUGCAGGUCCUUUACGUCAUGAUCGUUUUUGGCAUCGUUGAAUAUACAAGCAGUCAGUUUGUAACAAUAGGAUCGAAUAAAAAAACAGGCAAGACGGCAUGUGACCCAUCGGUGAAGUCUUCUUUAGUGGAACAUUUUUUCAACAUCAUCUUCACGGAAUUCCAUAAUACACCACCAGUUUGCGUCUGUGUUCAAAUGUGCCCAGAACAACCGACCUACUGCUACCCAAAUGGAUGUUUACGAAGAACACCUAAUGAGAAAAACAAGAAACUUGAUAUCCCACUACCAGUUACCCGUAUCAAUGAGAACACUAAAUCCAUUUUCUUCAUUGACGAAAAGAAUGAUUUCAUGAACGAGUUUCUCUCGAAGAAUUACCUCGAUGACGCGCCACCCGCAACUCCAACUCCAGCUGCGACAGAAAAUGCAAUGGUAGCAAAUAUGCGUCCAGAUCCAUUUAAAGACAGAUAUAAAAUCCUCUUCAAAUACAAGAAAAUGCCAAAAGUGGAAUUAAAAUACAAUCUUGGGGAACAAGUGAAAAAUAUGAAAUCGGACAUGUUGAAACAAGAAAGUGUUGAUGUAUCAAACACAAGGUGGCCUGUGAAUAAGAUCGACCGCAGAUUAGGUGGAACGAGAAAAGGUCAUAGUGAGCCACCCGUCCAGAAAGGUACAACUAAUCCCAGAUACUUCAUGUCCAUGUUUCCUGAUAAACAUGAUAUAGCCAGCUAUCCACCAAAAUAUUACAAGCGAGAGUUAGCCAACAGUACACAUAAUGAGAACGAUGGCGAUGAUUUCAAGGCAAUCUAUGUGGUAGGCAAAUCAGAAUCCGAAAGUAACAUAUUCUCAUUAGAAAAGCUAAUCGACAGUUUAAUUGAAAGUAGUUUCGAUAACAACGUUACUACACCUGAACCUACAACAGAUGCCGUAAACAAUAUGGACAUUGCAGAAAAGAAAUUGAAUGAUACUGCAGAGAAACCAACUUCAAACAAACGUUCGAUGAAGAAUGUAACUAUGAAUGUGAUAUCAAUGAAUUUGACCAAUGAGAAUACUGACAAGAAUAAAUACUCAGAUGUUGGGAUGGCAAAUAGCUCAAUACACGUCAAUGAUAUGAUUGCAACUCUGUCGAAGAAAAUAGAAAUACAAAACAAUACUAGUUUAGAAAUGAUGAGGAGAAUUACUGGAGAUUUUGAAUUUGGAUCGGUCAAUGCUACAAGUGAGAAAUCUAUAGAAACGACAGAGCUUAAGAAUAAUGAAGAAACCACUACAGAAUAUGUUGCUCCAGUGGCAGAACAAGAGUCAAGAACGACAAGAAAGAUUAGACAGAGAAUAGUGAGAAGACCUCAUCAUAGUAAAAAUAAUUAG